UGUAUAUAAUAGCUGUUUAUGGUUAUUUUAAUGUUAUACAGAAACAAGAAAAGGGUUUAUGUCGUAUUAUUGCGACUCACACGUAAUUUUACUGGAACAUUAAAGUGAUAACGAUUCUACCCUCUAUCACCGCGGGGUGGCGAUAGAGUUCGUAAAGCUGUGCUCAAGCCCCCAUUAGACCCGAGAAGAAGAAGAAAAGGCAUCGAAGGCGGUACCACAGCUUGGAAAGGUUUGUUUUGUUUCUUUUUUUUAUUAUUAUUAUGCACAUGUUCACGUAUAGCAACAUCUUACGCUGUUAAGCAUAUUUAUAACAAUAAUCUCUCUAAGCGAGGAAUAUUUGAACAGCCCGAAGCACUGGAAUCGUUGUUUGGUGAGAGGGUUUUUGAAGACUUCUUGCUCCAAUAUAAUGCUAAUCAGUAAGCUACCUCUGCUUACAGAGGAAUGUAUGGGGGUGGAAUGGAAGCAGAAGUGUUGAACAGAUACGCGUACGUGUGUUAAAAGCUCCUUUUUUAGUGUCUGUUUACCCUAAUUUCACUCUUUUCUCCUUCAUAGAUUUUCUCAUAUUCUGCAGAGGUGUACUAAGAAUUCAAUACAGUUCAACAGUAAGUGAAAGCACCAACAUUUUUUAUGUUUUUUACACAGAUGUCAAACAACAACAACAACUGUACUGUAAUGACUGAAGCAUUUCUCUAAGCAUGCGCAGAAUUUGGCUUUACUAAGCAAGGCACUCACCUACACUCUUCCAGCAGCUGCUUGUUUGUAGCGAGACCUCAGGCCAGUCCAUUUCGGACUACUGCAGGAUGACGCAGCUCGAAGAAGAACAUUUAUGAUCAUUUCCUUGAAGUAAUAAUCAUCAUAUUAAUCAUUUUGCACUGCAGACGUAUUAGCUCUUCUGCCGUAGCGUCUCGGUCUGAUUGCAUUUCCAUGAAGAAAUUAUCAUAAAUGUUCUUCCUUGAGCUGCGUCACCCCGCAGCAGUCCGUAAUGGACCGGCCUGAGGUCCUGCUACAAACAAGCGGCUGCUGGAAGAGAGUAGGUCAGUUGUGUUUAGUCUCUUUGCUAAAGAAAUCAGGCAAAGUUAAAAAGAUGUUUGGUGGCUAGGACCCUGUAUGUACUGUUGAUGAAGUUAGGAGCUGUUCUGAGCAUUAUUUGUGGCUAGAGAGUGGCGUUUUGGUUGAGGUUUGUUUAUGGCUCCUCAGACCCCUGUUUAUUGCUACCCUGCGUCGUUGCUAAAGUUGGUCAGCAACAUUCAUCUCUAGAGGGCGUGUCUAACUCAGUGUUACAGUGUGUUUGCCUCUUGAUUAAUUUUACUCUGGAAUAUCCUUUUUAUUUUUGUAUUUUUAUAUUUGUUUGUUUAGCACAGAUUAAAAACAGUGCAAGGAGGGAACGAAGCCGAUAGGCGUAUACAAAGUUCCACUCCCGUCAGGACAGAGAAAACAUAAGGUGCAGACAACUAAGUACAUAGACAGGUUACACAUGUACAACGAUUAGGGAAAGGUCAAACAGAUACAAGUUGCCAUAAAUGAUGAGCUAUUCUUAUCAUUUUAGAUCAUAGCUUCGUUGUUGGUUAAAAAAUACCUCAUAAUGUCACUAUAGCACUUAUAUCACGUCACUUCAUAACAACAUGGAAAUUUAUACCUGUAUUAUUGCGUGUGAUAUGAUAUGGCACAGGCCUAGUCCACACACAUUCAACAAUUAUAAUCAAGCCUGGUAGGACAGACUGUUAUCUUGCAAUGAAAACACACAUUUCACAAAGUAAGUCCAGUCCAGAUAUUUUAGAUAUGCCAAAGCUCUGUCAUAAUAUGAUGCAAAUUUUCUGUUUUUGGCCACCUUCACAAGCUAUAAUUUGACAAAGAUACUGCUUUAUGCUUUUAUUUUUCAGUGUCCUUCAGACGUGGUCGACACUCAAUAAGAGAGGCAUAUGAACAGCAUUUCCAAGGUGGUAGUGAUUCAAGAGAAGUAAGUGAGGAUUUUGAUCCAAGUAUAAAAAAUGAUAAAAAAUGAUACGAAAGCACUCGAGUGACUAGAAGAAACUUGUUACUUUUUAGUCCUUGAUUUUGUGACUGUGAUUUAUAAGUUGUUAUUUUGUCAUAAUCAAAUUACUUUUCCCUUAAUGAUUGAACUUAACCAUAUUGCUGAGGACUUAAUACGAACCUUCAUCUUCAAAUAAUUUUCUAAUUUCAGGUGACAGUCCAUCGAGUUGUCAAUAUUGUUGAAAAGAGGAACUCAGUGCCCAGACAAGGGUUUGAGUUUGACAGAGGCUUUGAUGAAGACCAGUGGUAUGACGAUUCUCACAUGUAUGGGGAUGACAGAGAUUAUAAUGCUGAAUACAAUUACCUGCCCAACGAUCGGAGAUACUUUGACGAUAACCCAAACUUUGGCAGUUUUCGCAGAAACUCCUCACCGCCUCGAAAUGUGAGAAAAGUUAUUGAAGAAAAGUCUGUUUUGUGCUCAAAGAAAACACCUCUUUAUCAACAUUGUUCAUUUAAUACACCUCACAGGAAACGGUUAUGGUUUGUUGUAACUGUCAAUUGUUUGUUUUGUUUUUUUCAGGAUGGCCCUUACCCCCAACAGAGUUAUGGCAGAGAUGAUCUGAGGCAUCAGUUAGGUUCAAGGUAAAAUAUGUGCAUUACUUACAUCUGUAUAUGUCAUGCACAAAGUUGCCACUAGAUGACAGCAGAGUUCUGCCUUUGGAAACUACUGGCCGCUAGGAAGAUUGACAUGCAGUAUUACUGAGGAAAGACUGGUUAACCAAAGUCUAGAGGUUGUAUAUGAUUCAGGUUUUUUUAUGCUGAUUGUUCUUUUCUCUUACAAUUCAACCAAUAUAGUAACAGUUAAUAUGUCGCUUUUUUGGAAAGAUUGUCACUCAGUUAAUUACAUCUGGGGAACAUUUUUCUACUUCUCAGUGAUCAAUCUGCACUCGAGGUUAUCUCAAGAGCUUAACCCCCCUUAGAGCAGCUUCAUCCAGCAGUUACAGCUCUUUCAUCAACAGACGCUCUCCUCACCCUGCCCACUUAAACAUACCAACAGUUUACAGGCCCUGGCUCCCCACUCCAGGAGUCAUACCAGGGUAAGAGAGAGGGACAAAGGGCACCAGUGUCUACUCACUCAGCCCCCGUAACCCCACCCCCACCCUCAGUACCCCACCCUGAGAGGAAAAACAGCUGGACCACUCCCUUUUCAGUUUCACACCCUCUCACAUCUCAAAUAUUCCAACCACCAUAUGUUUUGUUGUGUCUUAUUUCUGCAUGGCAUUGCUUUUUAUGUGCUGUAUUUGUACCAGAGCAGCCAUGUAAGAAUAGCCCUGAUAACAGCACAGCCAUGAUGUUCACCAGUUAUCACAAUCGGCAGAAAAUAAGUAGCAGAAGUAAUUGGAGCCUCAGGAUUAUAAACUGAGUAAAUUGACAGAUGCACAGUUCAGGUUAUAAACCUCUCUCUCAAUAAAAGGUCAGGGGCUACCUUCCAAAAUGAGUUUUCUUAUUAAUUCAACACCUGUCCAAUCAGAAGUUUUGAUUUCUAAACCAGGCUGAUGCUUUUUUUAAACUUUUUUUUCAGAAAAUGAGACAAAAAGAAAAAAUACAAAUAGUUGUUAUUCUUAGAUUGUUUGGUCUCUCACAUGCUUAUUUUGGGCUUCGAGACUCACCCAUUUAUUCCAUUCCUGGGAUAGUUUUAAUAAGAAUGAAUAUUAGCAUAGAUACUUCACACAGUUUCGGUUCAGUGUGUAGUUUUCAGCAGCAUACAGCGUAACUCUUUGGUAGAAUUAAAUAUUUUAUUUCCAAGUGUGAUUCCUCCGAAUUCAUCUGGAAUUUCUGAUUUUCAACUUGAGGAGGUGACUCACAUGAAUCAUGUUACCUGUAAAGCAGCAAAUUUUAAAAGUAUGAGGCAGUCAGUCAGCUGUUUAGUGUUAAAAGGAGAAUCUCAGAACACAAAGACUGGGCAAGGCGAGUUUAUUUAUAAAGCUCAUUUCAGCAACAAGGAAAUUCAAAGUGAUCAACACAGAGGAAUCAUUACAGAGGUCAGAGAGGCAUACAGAAAGUAAAUAUUUAAAACUGUUAAAAUAAGCCAUUUCGAUCACAGUUUCUACAAUGAAAUGGACUGGUUUAGCUAAAUGUUCCUUUUUCUGCGGACUGUACCUUUAAGCGUGGCCCCUUUUAAAUAUGGGUUAAUUAUUGGUGAAUGUCAGCAGAGAGAUAUUUGAUCCACUUUGUAGAAAGUUUGUUUGUUCCAAAAUAAGGUACACAUUAUUUUUUUUCCAUCUGUGGCCUUUUGAUCUCACUCGUGUGCCUCAUGGAUGGCAUUUCAGUGUUUGGCAAAUGGCAGGCUGAGUCUUGGCUACUUCAAACAGACCAGGAGUCGUAAAAGUUUGAGGCCUUGUUAGACCUGCUCUUUGUUUGAGACGUGACUGGAGUUCAGGCAGAGGUCAGAACAACCAGGUGCCUCUGGGUCAUUUUUACCUUCUGGGCCCAAAGGUUGUUGUGUGGACACAAACUCUAAGUCUGGAAACUUGUGAAAACAAGAUUCAUUGAACAAAGAAGUUUCAGUUCUAGCGUGAGGCCUGUCACAUGUUAGAUAAGUGGGGGAAAUUGGUUGUUACACACAUUAGAUGUUAGUGUAACAGGUUAAGUAACGGUGCUCUGGGACUUUGGCUCUAUGUUGAAGUGCAGCUUUUGAAUUUUUACAGGCAAAGAAAAAGUGAAAGAAGACCCGUCUUUAAGUCAACCACUGAAAUAUUACUGAUACCAAACUUUUUAAGAUGGAUGACAAAUCAAAUGAUCAGGACAGAGCUUUGUUUGUCAAUAACAGUCAGUACUUCUUAGUCUAAAUUUGAAUGAUUAUAUGUUUUUCAGGAACAACAGCAGAGCUCGUCCUUAUUUCCGCAACAAAGGGCGAGGAUCAGGUCCACCGCAGAGGUCAGUGCUGAUCACAGAAGUCAGAUCGCCACACUCAUAUCUGUGUGUUUUAGUAGUAACUGUUUAACAAUCCAGUGACACUUUAUUAUCAAGCUUUUGAUUGAAGAAUUACAUUUUUAAUUAUGUCUGACAACAUUUUCUUGAGAAAUUCAAUCUAAAAAAAAAAAACAAGGUCCCUCUGGAAAAAAGCCAAAGGUUGUCAUAUAUGCGCUAGUUAUAUUCAAUAUUGUAUCUGUGAUUUUAUGCCUGUGUAAAUCUUUGCUACAAGAGCAGCACACUUACUUCACUUAAUUCAAUUGUUUCUGUGCAGCCACUAAAAUUUGACUCGCCAUCCACCAGCGCAGAAUCCUAACAUUUGUUAGCCUUAAAAUUUAUGAAGCUUCAUCACUUUCUAACUUUUCUGUCACUGUCAUUGUACAGAGAUGACCAUGGCAACUACAGGAGCUCCCCACCUUCAGGGACAAAACGGGACCGAUCUCCUCGAAGGAGGGGAACCGUCCCACCACCAGUCCGCUCUGGAUCAAGCAGCAAUAGCAAGAGCUUCUCCCCAGACAGGGACAAAAACUACACCCAGAGGCGUAAGUGUUAAUUCCUCUGUAGAUCCCAAACAGCUCAAGUUAACAGAUUUCCAAAACCUAUGUUGCAUUCUAGCACGGUGAUAAGUUGAAAGAAGUGAAGAGAAGAGCUACUAGAUAAAUGAAAUUACAUGACAUGGCAGGAUACUUAGUGGUACAAACCUCCACAUCUACUCAUCAGUUUAAACUAGUGAACUGUGGUAUAGGAGCACGUUUUUUUGUCCAUUUAAUUUCAGGUGAACAACAAAAAGAAAAUAUAUUUUGUAAAUCUCAGCAAGAGGGAAAAAAAGGCUCUCACAGUUGUUACACUUCGUGUGAAAACAAAGAGAGCUUUAGUCGUAUUCCAUAGAGGCAUAGGUGUAAUUUUAAAGUCUAAAGGCAUUAAGCCAUUCCAGGUGAGGCAUCUGUUUUCAGAGGUGGUGAGCUAUGUGAAGGGUCAAGGUGUGCAGCAACAUGUUAAGAUGUUAAUUACCCUACCACCAAACACACUCUCAGAGGCUGGGAAAAGAUACCCUUUGGUUUAUUGGAGUCGUUUGGCUUCAGAUUCAAAACCUGACCCUUCCUUCAGUCAGAAAUGAGUUCAUGCACCGACUUAACGAUUUCUCCAAAACUGCUUUGGGUCUGUCAUUUCACACUCCCUCUUUUGUUACUUUUACGGGCUUUAAUUAGCAACACUGAGCUAAUAAAGUUUAAGGAUAAACCUCAAAAAAAAGUCUCGUCGUAAAGCUAUUUGACGCAAGCGUAGUUAUUAGUCUGAGGUAAAGCCUCAGUACUUUGAUUUCUAAGAUGCUUGAAAAUAUUAAUGUGUUGAAAAUUUGGCGCCACAUUACACCACACUUUGAAGACCCAAUAAAACUGAAAACAGUUGUACCUCCCACCUCUGAUCCCAUCUGGUAUAAUGAUUAGGUCAACUCAGCAAAAAUACAGGAGUUUUGGUGAGGGGCCGAACCAGCACACAGAAGCUGUGUCCCAUGUCUCUUUCACUAUUCUUGAUCACUGAUGACUUUUAUUGGUGAGUGGCAUGGGGGCUACUUUCACAUGUAUGCACCACCUUCACUGCUUUGACGCAAAGGUGUAGAAAGGGGGCUUAACUGGGGGGCAUUUAUGUUUGUUCAAGCAACCAGACAACAGGAGAGAAUACUAAUUGGGUAAUUAUAAAAUACUCUUUUGCUCCAGUAACUUUGCUGCCUUUUUAUUAUUAUUCCUUUUACAAGGUCUAAGAUCUCUUUGCCGUCCACAUCUCAUUCUUUUCAGUUGUCUCAUUUCUACUUUUUUACUUCUUUGUCACAUUUGAGGGUGAAUGUAUUUUACACAAAGACACAUCCCCCAAGCCAUUCUUCAGACUUUCCCUGUCCAGUUUUUGAGAGAUCUCAGUGUCUCUCUUAUCCAUCCAAAUCCAAAUUAUAGAACCCAGGUUUGCUGCUUAAUAUGACAUUUAAGUAAUGAAGUAGGGCUGGGAGAUAAACCGAAAAUUUACCUAUACCAAAAUUUACGACAAUAGUCGACAUAAUUUUGCCCAUGUCAAUAUAUUCAGUGUCAAAAAAAUAAAUAAAUAAAAGUUGGUUUUGGAUGUGUGUAGGUAGGCUAUGGUCUUAUGUUCCUUUAAGAUGCUGUCCUACAUCAGAUGCGUGACUCCACCCUAACCAGUCCGUAACAAAGGAGAUGGAGGACGGUUUAAAAGUUGUAGCGGCUGUAGCAUCGACUGAAGUUAAUGAAAUUAAUGUGUGAGGGGGUGAGCAGCUUGUGGAGUAGUUAUCGUCCAUUUAUCUUUAUCGAGGUGAACUGCUCAAUAUAUCGUGAUAUUGAUUUGAGGCCAUAUCGCCCACCCCUAUAACAAAGUAAGUGUGCACCCAGCCUUUGCUCAGACCCUGUGAGGUACUCGAGGGAGCACUACUUGGGGACUUCAUAGUCCUGAUGAGGGACUCAUAUGAAGAAGGCUUUACCUUGGCUCCCUCUAAUCACAAUGGGAGACCUCCUCUGUAAAAACAAGCAGCUUGGCUGUAUUUGUUUUCUUUUCUUAGACACACUGGAGCCAACAGAGGACAAUAUAUCAGUUGAGGCACAGCUGAACUCCCAGACCGUUGUUGUGUGGGAGGAUACAACAAGGGAAUAUUAAAUAAAACACUCAUUUAUAAGAUUUGUAAUUUUCAGUUGCUUUGUAAUGUCUUGGUUUGGCGAUUGUACACGAUGAUAAGUCAGAGCGUUUCAUCCCUAACAGGGGGAAGUUAUUGUUCCUCAGGGUAUUUAGAAAUAUAUUAUUUGCAGCAUAUUGCAGAUAUGAGACAGUUAUGAGACAGUGGACUGAGCCAAGGAACACGUCUAGAGGAAGAGAGGGAAAUAAAUUUCAACAAAGAUUUUCACCCACAUUCAGUCCAGGACACUAGAGUUAGGCCGGCAUGCAUCCCUGACCAUUUACCCACCAGGAUGGUCCCCAGAGAUGAUUUUAUUGUAGCGUUAAAUUCAAUAAAGGAAUUCUGUGGUUGCCCGUAUGUAUUCUUUAUGUCAACCACUUUGAAUAGUUUUUUCCCCAUCAUCUGAACUUUUUAUUUCAAACAAUUACACAAAGAGGGUUAUGUGCAUUUCUGCUCACUGGUGCUUACAUUUCCAUCCAUCUGUCAUGUUACUGUCUCCGUAGAUAAACCCAGUGCACCGACCAGCAGCAGCACUCUUAGCAGCAACACAACGAGCAGAAACCAUUCUAGCAACAACAUUUCCAGCAGCCUGGAGGAGGAGUCUUCACACAGCCCGGCGUCUACAGUAAGAAAUGUUUUGCAAAAAACCAAAAUGAACUGAGAGUAUUCUACAGCAGCAUAUAGCCUACUCUACUGUGAGUUGUGAGCACCUUAUCGAACAACCUGAACGUGUUUACAAGUCAAUUGGAAUUUGGUGGUUGCACAAACUCGAAAACUGACUUUUUUUUUACUCUUAAAAAUAAAAUAGUUCAUCCUUACAUUCAUUGUUUCAUAAUUAGUCAUUUAAACAAAGUUAAGUUUUGAACUGAGAUUUCUUAAACUACAAGUCUAAGAGCACAUGGAGGCAGCUAAGCCUUGACUCUGGCUGUAGGGACCUUUAAAUCAGAGCAACAUACUGUAUUCUGCACCACAUUCCUGUUGACAUGCGGCAUGUGCAAUGACACAUGUACGAAAACAAGAACUCAACACCAGUAAGAGAGCAGAGUUGUCUCUAUUUGAAACACUUUGAAAUCAGAACCAGCCUCUAAACUCGGUGACCCCGGCUCUAACCCCUGACCUUUGACCCCUGCCAGGAAAAAACUCCUGCAUCUGCAGCGGAGACGGAGGAGGUGGUGGCUGCCAGCAUGGAGCCAGAGCCCACACCAGACGAGGACCUCAAGACUCGCCGUUUGGAGGCCAUCAAGGCUAAAGCUCUGGAAAUUGAGACGGUAAUAAGAUUUUCUCCAUCAAGACCGAACUUCAGUGACUCUUUGUUACUUAAGCUGAUUUUACAUUCUAUAUAAAAUCUAAACCUUUGUCUUUAAGUAAGCUUCAUCUCACUUGGUCAUAAAGGAAAUUAAGGGAAAAAACACAAUUGAAAGAAUGUUUCUCAGUUACCUAAAGUGAUGUUUUCUCCAUAAACAUGGACGCAAUUUUCAGCCUUUUAUUUCUGCGUAAGUAUGGAUCCUCCCCCGUGGAGGCUGUCAUCAUGCUCUGCUGUGUUUCUAGUUUGGCGCAGCCUUAUCAGGUCAUUCAAAAUGCACCAGUUUAAACACAAAGACAAGAGAAUGGUGGUUGUGUGCAAAAAAAUGAUGGAUGGAUGUUUAUGAUGGUAAAAAGUAAGGGUGGGAGAAAAAAUUGACACAGCAGAGUAUCACGAUAUUUUGUCUGGUGAUAUAUUGUAUCGUCUCAUUUACCAAGUAUCGAUUUUUUUCUAAUUAAUUGCUAAUAUAAGUCAAAUCUACGAUAAUGGAAAAAUAAAAUCAGCUGUUUGUCCGGUGAGGUUGGCAGAGGUGAGAAAGCUAGUACAGCAAAUAUAGCAGCAAAUGGGGGAAGACAUUAGAAAUGCAAACAGGGCAUAAAGGAGAUGGACCUGACACAUAAGGUUUGUGAGAUGUGCAACAUGAAAAUAAAAUACUGUGUAAAUAAUACAAAAAUAAAGGAAAGACAAAUGCUGAAUUAGGUAAACAGUUGAAAAAUUGUUUAGAUCACAAUAUAUUGUAUCGCAAUACUCACUGUAUUGCAAAAUGUUUAAAAUCGCAAUAAUAUCUUAUCGUGGCUCAAGUAUCGUGAUAAUAUCUUAUUGUGGGGUCACUGGUGAUUCCAACCCCUGGUAAAAAGUUGACCAACUGAGGCAUGAUCCCUGUUCAUAGAGCAUGUGUGGAGCCCCUGAAUAUUCUCAUUUCUCCACACUGUUCCUUUAAAGGUGAGUCCAGUGACACAUGCAUGGGCUUCACUCAGUCCUAAUUUUGUUUCAUGAAUCCAGACGUCUGUUAUACACCAGCUUCCUGAUUUGGCAGACAGUCAAGAAGUUGAUGUAAAAAGUUGUUAUAAUGUGCCUCUGCUUGCUCCAUCUUUUAUUAAGAAACACCUUUUUGAAAAGAAGGAGGAUAAGUCAGCAGAAAAGUCCUUAACACCCAAGGUUGUGAUGCCUCUUGUGGUCUGCUAUUUAGAGUUACGCUUACUCCCCUCCCAAUCAUCGCACCGCACUACAGUACCACUUAUCUGUUCCCGUUAAAGCAGGGCAGGAAUUGCCCUGCAGGGUGCAGGCGGCCCACCCACAGCGUGGUACGUCUCUUGGCAUUAGCUCACACAUGCUUACCCUGCCAUUUCCAACUGACUGUACAGACGCGGUGAGAGAAAACCUCUGCUCUGUCUUUACCGUAACAUCGGCCCCGGGCUCAGUCAAACACAAAACGAUUUGUUGCUGCUGUUGAUUGCACAACUGAGUAAAGAAGUCUGAUCUGCAGAGCUAUAUUUUGAAGCUCAUGAAGCUGUUGCAGAGGAACAUGUCCAAAUUCAUAUCAUUUAGUAAAAAAAAAAAAAAACUCGUCUCAAACUGUGAAAUCCAUCAUUUUCACUGUUCCCUCUUAAUGGCCUUUUUUUCAACUCAGCAAAAUCUCAACCAUGUGACCAUGAGCUCAUAGUUUUUCUGAGGGUGUUGUAUUGAAUACUUCUGAUGGGUGUUUUCCAGUUACAAAACAAACUGGAAAGCUUAAACAGAUUCAUUGAGACAGUAAACAUCCCUGUCCAUGAGUCUGCUUGUAACACAAUAUUGCACUAUGCUAAACCGUUGUAUCACAGCCUCAGUGACCAGCCUGAUGUUCUUGUAAAGUUCAUCACAAUACCUCUUUGUCUGUGUGCAGCAGAUGAAAAAUAGCGCCAUAUUUCAUUCUUGGGACCAACCACAGAGCAAAUCGGAGCAUGUAAAAUACAAGCAACUCAGAAAAUCUCCAUAAGAAAUUCAUCUAAGUGCCUGGGAAUGAUUUUCAGAGAAAUCCAUUCAUCAUUACAAUCAGCACAAAUGAAACAUAUCCAUUUCAACAUUAGCUCCUCCUCUGAGAGGUCCGCUUUGCAGCUUGAGUGAUUAAAAUGGCUCUUUUAAUAUCCCCUAAUGUGUACCAGCACCCUAGUCAUUACCCUACUUCCGUUAUUAUGCAGGACCCCUGCCUGCAUCGGCGCUCAUUUGAACAGAGCCUCACUGAACGUCCAUGUGAGUGCCUUAUGUAUAAUCUCUCUCAAGACUGCACCUCGCAACCCCUACACAGUAUCCCAGCGCACACUCCUGUCAUUAUAUUCACAAUACGGACCUCCACAAACAUCUGCAUUUUUGGCAGGAGCCCACUCCUCCUUAAGGCCCCUUGUUUUGCAGUCUCUCUUUGGGGGUUCCAGUCCGCCCUGUGUGGCCCCUUACUAUCAGACUUAAAGAUCAGUUCAUGGCUCCCAGUCCAAGGCAGGAACUAAGGCAGAACCUUCCUGCAACCUUUCCUCGGAAUAUUCAGAGCACGGUCAGGUCAAAAGCACUCUUCCUGUUUGUGCGAAGAACACUGGUGUACUUUUCCAUAAAAAAAGCAGGCUGUGUAAAAAGUCAAUUUCUAAACUGGAGAUCAUGAAGCUACACAUUUAUAUGCACGCUCAUGCACUUGUAACCAGUGGAGUGCUUGCAGACCGCUUUACUUUUGUACCAUCAGGGAAAAUCUCUUAAUUUUAGCUCAUUACGUAAGCCCACUCUUUCCAACCCUGUCCCGAUCCUAUUUUGAGGUUUUUGAGUGUGUAAAACUGAGUCGGAGAUAAACUGAAGUGAAAACGUAAUCACUGUCAACAAAGGCUGUAGUUUGGGAGCAGCUUAGGAUGGUUUUGUUUUGAAAGAUGACAAACAUAAUCAACCCUCGGUGAUUAGAGGGGCACGUCUUUUGUGGAACAUACACCACAUGUGUGUGUGUGUCUCACUUAGGCCAUGCUGCUUUUCACGUCUUUGAGCCUGGAAGCAAUUUUGCGAAAAAAAAAAAAGAUUAUCAAGGGACAAAUCUGUAGAGGCAGCUAUGCAAAAAUAAAACAAAAAUAUAGGUUGUGUUCUUGUGAAUUAAGAUGUAGAACAAGGGCUUAAAGUUUGUCAGGGGGAGAGAGCUUGCACAGCAUGUGGACUGACAGAAACCUGUGUGUGUGUGUGUGUGUGUGUGUGUGUGUGUGUGUGUGUGUGUGUGUGUGUGUGUGUGUGUGUGUGUGUGUUGGAUGAAGUUGGCUCUGAGAUACGCUGGCCACACGUGUCGAGCGUCCCUCACUUCCUUGUGGUCAGGGCUGAAGGCUGUCAUUAUGCGGGGCCGCAAAUUCGCUUGACAUGAUCUGCAGACAUUAAAUCAUCCACAGAGUCCAAACAUCUCCCACAGUGUGGGAUAUUUCUGUUGGAAAUGAGGUGACCCUGCUUCCUGGUAUGUACAUGUUAGAUAGUAUUAGUGUAAUAAUCUGAAAAUUAGAAAGUCUUCAUCGCUAUUCUACCCCGUCUACAUACGGUAGGACAGAGGGUGUGAGAAAUUACAGAAAAAAGGGAACCAAGGGGAGUGAACUGAUCUCGUGGCUAGACAUAAUUGAAAUCAGCAGGUAGAGCAGAGAAUACAGAAACUUCAUUUUUUUGCGUGUUUCAGUUCCCAUAACCUCAUUCAGCCUUUUUUCAUCCUAGCCUGACAGAUACAGUAAAUCCUGCACCUGACAUUUCUUCUCUUCAGCUCUCACUCUUUGAUUCUUUACACAAGGGGGGUUGUGUUUCCUGUCUCUUAGUUGAAUACUUGACUAAAUCAUACAUUACAGAAUCUUCUCUUCCCGGAAACCAUGAAAUUCUCAUCAAGUACAGUUAAAUCCUGUGACAGGGAUAUGAUGGUUUAAAAAAAAACCUCUUGUGAUCGCUGUCCAAAUUGAUGGAUACACAAAUAUGAGUUAGCUUGAAUACACAUUAUGUAAUGUGUAUCUGGGCUAAGACACAGCAGUUGUGGUUUUCAAUAUGCCCAUAACUGACAGAACCCUGGACUAUUGCCGUCUAACCGGUUAACCUCACAGUCUGCACAGGACUGGACACAGAUUGAAGUUGACAGGCUGCAUUUUUCUUUUCAAAGCUACUAAAGCAGAUGGUUGAUUUAUUUUUUAUUACAUUUAACGGACUGAUAAUGUUGAAUGAGUUAGUGAUGAUUGUCAUUAGACUGAACUGAACUGCCCUUAAAUGGUUUGUCGUCUGAAUAUGGCUUAGAAAAACAUUUCCACCAAGGAAUCGAUGAAAAAACUUCGACCAGGCAGCAGCGGAUGUCUUCUGAGACUUAUAUCAAUCAUGCAGAGAUUUAAUGUUUCAUAUCUGAUGGAAUAUCAAGCAUUGGUGUUUGUCAAACAAUGUUUUAUAGAUGGUAAAAAUAUGAUGACAAAUAUUAGGAUAGUUGUGACAGACACAGACAAGAUUUCUGUCUGCCCCUGUGACUCUCAAAAAGGAGAGUUUUGAUCUAGGUUAACUUAACCCUGGAGGACUCUCCUUGACAGGCUGCUUCAGUCCUACACCUCUAGGUGGCUUCGGUGCGGAGUCCCACAUUUAGCCUUUCUCCCCCAGGUGAUAAAGAUGCUUUGAGCUUGCACCUGGGACUGUAAUAAAGAUCUUUUAUAGCUGUUUUGGGGUCAGCAGUAAAACCUGAGUGGGAUGUGAGAGCUUGUUAGAAGGUGGUGUGGAAGAAUGCUUAAGCACAAGAGACGUACUCUUGACACCUCGCGUCCCUUUUGAUGCAGGCGGACAUGCACCUGAAAAGACUCAUUUUAUCACGCCUGUUAAACAGAAUACACCAAUUGAGCAAAGCUGGGUUCAUUAAGUUCACGGUUCAGUGUCGAUACAAGAGCAGAGCUGUGAGAAAGAGGUGUUCACUAAGUUGUGAGGUGGAAUCAAAAUUUUUCCAAUAAACAGGCGGUAAAUACCUAAAUACCAACAUUUUUUAUGUUAUUUAGUGUUUUUUAAUUACAAUCUUAUGUGAUUGCUCAAUAUCUGAUGUGCAUGAAUUGCCAAGAAAUGAUGCUCCCCUCCUCUACACUAUACGCUCCAUUCUCCUUAUGAAUAUUAACAUUCCCAACGUGAUUGUUUUUUAUUCAGAAUUACAGGCAGGAUUGUGAGACAUUUCGCACCGUGGUGAAGAUGCUGGUGGCCAAGGAACCCAGUUUGGAUAAUCUGCUGCAAGCUCCACUGGAUAAGAACCUUUUGGAAAUCAAACAACGCUGUCUGGACUCUCUUAAACACUUUGUGAAGGAGCUCGACGAGGUACUACAGCAACCAGACAUUCCACCAGAGGCCACGGGUCUCAAAACACUCACCUGACGACAUGUAGUCCUCAAAUUUAUUGUCUUUCCUCUUUUGGUGAAUCAAACGUUGAAACAUCUAACAUGUUACAUAUUAUUGAUGUCAGUCAUAAACAAAAACAAGAUGACAGGUGAUGGUACCUGUCUACUUACUAAAACACAAACAAUUCAAAAGUAAACCUAAAAAAACAGAGUCUCAGUUCAACGCUGAUGCAUGUAUGUGACUCACAACAGCAAAGCGUGUGGGAGAACCAUAUCGGAACAUUUAUUUUGAUGCUUAACCCGCUGUCUCUUGGUUGGAUUCAAAUGAUAUGUGGACCACAUACAGUCUGCAAAGACCCCCCCACCCCCCACCAAAGUUUCACAGUGAGUAUUACCUUACUCUGGUAAAAGGGAGUGGGGCAAAAUUUUCUGUGCAUAAAGCAUACGGAUGUAUAGAAUCAGAGAUGGUUCCUCACUCGCUUUGGGAUUAGAAGAUCAAGCUUGUGUUUAAUCAUCAAUACCUGAAGUGUUAUGAAUGAAAUCAGAGAGGAUUCAAAUGUACAAGAGAAAGUUUCUACAAAAUCUGAACAUAUGAGCCUAAAGCUACAAUUUUUUUAAUAUCAUAUACCAGAUAGUGUAAAUAUUGACAAAUAUUCUGUACACCCUAUAAUGCCCUUGCAAACUUAAAACCACGCUGCUAUGUGGUCGGUUUUUUAAAUUUAUAUGUCUCCGUACGACAUAACUGAGACUUAUGGUGCAUUCUAUUUUAGACCGGUAUUGUAUGAUCCUCAUCUGUUUGGUAUUUAUCAUGAAACACUGAGGUAUUAAGAAAUGCAGACUCUUUUGUAAGUAUUGUGGACCAUUUUUUAAUAGUCUUGAGUUUGUAAUUACAUUCUAUACAUGUCUAAAUACAGAUUUAAGCCAAUUGAGUGAUGUCUUCCUUUUUUGGGAA